GGCGGCCCCCGGGCGAGCGGGCGGACUGCGGCCUCUGUCCGGCUCGGCGGCGGCUCGGCGUGCCGGGCUGUGCUGACACACGUAGGGGAAAGCUGCGGACCCCCGAGUCUUUCCGGAGCAUUCUCGAAGCGAACAGGCUAUUAAUGAGCUCUGGUGUCACGAGGCGCUUCCUCAGCCCGACGUUUGGUGGCUCCCGUGAGCUUCACAGGGCACACAAAACGCCCGCCUGGCCAGCAGUAGGUGGUUUCUGGACCGCGAGCUUCGAAGAGAUUAACUGUGUCUCAGUGACCUACAGCAAUGAGCAUCCAACACUCCCUGCUUCCAGAUCCAGAAAAACAGCACUAAAACCCUUCCUUCGGAAUAUCUGUGUUCGCUGUGGGCGGAUCGUUCCUUGGACCUUCUGGAGCAAAAGUGUUAGUGCACAAGUGGCGAUGGCCUCGACAACUGUAGUGGUUCCUGCAGAGUGGAUCAAGACCUGGGAGAAAUCUGGGAGAGGCGAGUUUUUGCGUUUAUGCCGGAUUCUCAGUGAAAGUAAAAGCCGUGACACUUUGGCUUGUAGAGAUUUCCAGCAAGCACUCUAUGAGUUAUCAUACCAUGUCAUUAAAGGAACUUUAAAGCCCGAACAGGCCUCAAGUGUUCUUAAUGACAUCAGUGAAUUUCGAGAAGAUAUUCCGUUUAUUCUUGCUGAUAUAUUCUGCAUAUUAGAUAUUGAGACAAAUUGCCUAGAAGAAAAAAGCAAGAGAGAUCAUUUUACACAACUGAUAUUAGCAUGUUUAUAUUUAGUUUCAGACACAGUUCUGAAGGAACGCUUGGAUCCAGAAACAUUGGAAUCAUUAGGCCUUAUCAAACAGUCUCAGCAAUUCAAUCAAAAAUCAGUUAAGAUCAAAACGAAACUCUUCUACAAACAGCAGAAGUUCAAUUUGUUAAGAGAAGAAAAUGAAGGUUAUGCCAAGCUGAUAGUUGAAUUAGGGCAAGAUUUAUCUGGGAGUAUCACUAGUGAUUUAAUCUUAGAAAUUCUCAAAUCUUUAAUAGGAUGCUUUAAUCUAGAUCCCAACAGAGUUUUGGAUAUCAUUUUAGAAGUGUUUGAAUGCAGGCCAGAACACCAUGAUUUUUUUAUAUCUUUAUUACAAGCUUAUAUGAGUAUGUGUGAACCACAGACACUGUGCCACAUUCUUGGGUUCAAAUUCAAGUUUUACCAGGAGCCAAAUGGUGAGACUCCAUCCUCCUUGUAUAGAGCUGCAGCAGUGCUCCUGCAGUUUAACCUUCUCGAUUUGGAUGAUCUCUAUGUGCACCUUCUUCCAGCUGAUAGCUGCAUCAUGAAUGAAUACAAACGAGAAAUUGUGGAAGCUAAGCAAAUUGUUAAAAAACUUACAAUGGUUGUGUUGCCUUCCGAAAAAAGUGAUGAGCGAGAGAAAGAAAAGAAAAAAGAUGAUAAAGUAGAGAAGGCACCUGACAAUCAAAAACUUGGUUUGUUGGAAGCCUUGUUAAUUAUUGGUGAUUGGCAGCAUGCUCAGAGUAUUAUGGACCGGAUGCCUCCAUACUAUGCCACAUCACAUAAAGUAAUAGCCCUUGCUAUUUGCAAUCUUAUACAUAUAACUAUUGAACCUAUUUACCGACGAGUUGGUGUUCCUAAAGGUGCUAAAGGCUCACCUGUCAGCGCUUUACAAAACAAGAAGGCACCAAAGCAAGCAGAGAGCUUUGAAGACUUAAGAAGAGAUGUUUUCAGCAUGUUCUGUUACCUCGGUCCUCACCUUUCUCAUGAUCCCAUCUUAUUUGCAAAGGUUGUGCGCAUAGGCAAGUCAUUUAUGAAGGAGUUUCAGUCUGAUGGGAAACAAGAAAAUAAAGAGAAAAUGGAAACUAUCCUUAGUUGUUUGCUUAGCGUUACCGACCAGGUGCUACUCCCAUCCCUUUCUUUAAUGGACUGCAAUGCGUGCAUGUCCGAGGAACUAUGGGCAAUGUUUAAGACAUUCCCUUAUCAGCAUAGAUACCGCUUAUAUGGACAGUGGAAGAAUGAGACUUACAACAGCCAUCCACUUUUAGUGAAAGUUAAAGCUCAUACUAUAGACAGAGCCAAAUACAUCAUGAAGCGUCUAACCAAGGAAAAUGUGAAGCCUUCAGGAAGACAGAUUGGAAAAUUGAGCCACAGUAAUCCAACCAUUUUGUUUGAUUAUAUCUUGUCACAAAUACAGAAGUAUGAUAACUUAAUAACCCCUGUGGUAGACUCAUUAAAAUACCUCACUGCAUUGAAUUAUGAUGUUUUGGCCUACUGUAUCAUUGAAGCACUAGCUAAUCCAGAAAAAGAAAGGAUGAAACAUGAUGACACAACCAUCUCCAAUUGGCUGCAGAGUUUGGCUAGUUUCUGUGGUGCAGUUUUUCGUAAAUACCCAAUUGACCUUGCUGGUCUUCUUCAGUAUGUAGCCAAUCAGUUAAAGGCAGGCAAAAGUUUUGACCUGCUUAUAUUGAAAGAAGUGGUACAAAAAAUGGCAGGUAUAGAAGUUACAGAAGAAAUGACAAUGGAGCAGCUUGAGGCUAUGACAGGCGGGGAGCAACUGAAAGCUGAAGGUGGAUAUUUUGGCCAGAUUAGAAACACUAAAAAAUCCUCUCAGAGGUUAAAGGAUGCACUACUGGACCAUGAUCUUGCCCUUCCUCUUUGUUUGCUCAUGGCACAGCAGAGGAAUGGGGUGAUCUUUCAGGAAGGCGGAGAGAAACAUUUGAAACUUGUAGGAAAGCUAUAUGACCAGUGUCAUGAUACCUUGGUACAGUUCGGUGGAUUUUUAGCAUCAAAUCUAAGCACAGAUGAUUACAUAAAGAGAGUACCUUCAAUCGAUGUUCUUUGUAAUGAAUUUCAUACACCCCAUGAUGCAGCAUUUUUUCUGUCUCGGCCAAUGUAUGCACACCAUAUUUCAUCCAAGUAUGAUGAACUUAAGAAAUCAGAAAAGGGUAGUAAGCAGCAACACAAAGUUCAUAAGUACAUUACAUCAUGUGAGAUGGUGAUGGCUCCUGUUCAUGAAGCAGUAGUCUCAUUACACAUCUCCAAAGUCUGGGAAGAUAUCAGCCCUCAGUUCUACACCACAUUCUGGUCUCUGACCAUGUAUGACCUUGCAGUUCCACAUACCAGCUAUGAACGGGAAGUCAAUAAACUGAAGAUACAGAUGAAAGCAGUUGAUGACAAUCAGGAAAUGCCUCUAAAUAAAAAGAAAAAGGAGAAAGAGCGCUGCACUGCCCUGCAGGACAAGCUUCUUGAGGAAGAAAAGAAACAGAUGGAGCAUGUACAGCGAGUUCUACACAGACUGAAAUUGGAAAAGGACAACUGGCUCUUAGCAAAAUCUACUAAAAAUGAGACCAUCACAAAAUUUCUCCAGUUGUGUAUAUUUCCUCGAUGUAUUUUUUCAGCAAUUGAUUCUGUUUACUGUGCUCAUUUUGUCGAGUUAGUCCAUCAACAGAAGACUCCAAACUUCUCCACACUUCUUUGCUAUGACCGAGUUUUCUCAGACAUAAUUUACAUGGUUGCUAGCUUUACUGAAAAUGAAGCUAGUCGAUAUGGGAGAUUUCUUUGCUGCAUGUUAGAGACUGUGACUAGGUGGCACAGCGACAGAUCCACCUAUGAGAAAGAAUGUGGAAACUAUCCAGGAUUCCUUACUAUAUUACGAGCAACCGGAUUUGAUGGUGGAAAUAAAGCUGAUCAGUUAGAUUAUGAGAAUUUUCGACAUGUUGUACAUAAAUGGCAUUACAAACUAACGAAGGCGUCGGUACAUUGUCUUGAAACAGGCGAAUAUACUCAUAUCAGGAAUAUUUUAAUUGUACUAACAAAAAUACUACCAUGGUACCCCAAGGUUUUAAAUCUGGGUCAGGCUUUGGAAAGAAGAGUGCAUAAAAUCUGCCAAGAAGAGAAAGAAAAGAAACCAGAUCUAUAUGCACUAGCAAUGGUCUACUCUGGGCAGCUGAAAAGUAGAAAGUCAUACAUGAUACCUGAAAAUGAAUUUCAUCACAAAGACCCUCCUCCAAGAAAUGCUGCUACCAGUGUACAACCAAAUGGGCCUUGUAGUGGGCUGCCUUCAUCCAUAGGAAGUACAUCUAAAUUAGAUGAGAGCAGUGCUGAGGAGGCCGACAAGUCACGAGAAAGAUCUCAGUGUGCUGUGAAAGCUGUGAAUAAAGCUUCCAGUGUCAUACCAAAAGGGAACUUAAGCAAUGGAAAUAGUGGCUCUAACACCAAAGCUGUUAAGGAAAAUGACAAAGAAAAGGGCAAAGAGAAAGAAAAAGAGAAAAAAGAAAAGGCCCCAGCUGUUACUCCAGAGGCUAGGGUACUUGGUAAAGACAGUAAAGAAAAACCCAAGGAAGAACAACCAAAUAAAGAUGAAAAAAUAAGAGAGGCCAAAGAAAGAAUGCCUAAGUCUGAUAAAGACAAGGAAAAAUUAAAGAAGGAAGAAAAGGCUAAAGAUGAGAAAUUUAGGAUCAUCGUCCCCAAUGUAGAAUCGAAAUCCACUCAAGAAAGGGAAAAAGAGAAAGAGCCCUCAAGAGAAAGAGAUUUAGCAAAGGAAAUGAAGUCAAAAGAGAAUGUUAAAGGAGGAGAGAAAGCACCACUUUCUGGUUCCUUGAAAUCACCUGUUUCCCGAACAGAUAUCAUAGAACCAGAAAGAGAAAAACGUCGCAAGGUUGAUUCCCAUCCUUCUCCAUCACAUGCUUCCACAAUAAAGGACAGUCUUGUUAAACUCAAGGAGUCUUCAGCAAAGCUCUAUAUCAACCAUAUUCCACCACCAUUGUGCAAGAGUAAGGAGAGAGAAGCAGACAAGAAAGAUUUGGACAAAUCAAGGGAAAGGUCCAGAGAAAGGGAGAAAAAAGAGGAAAAGGACCGGAAAGAACGGAAAAGAGAUUAUUCAAACAAUGACCGAGAGGCACCCCUGGACUUAAUCAAGAGGCGGAAAGAUGAAAAUGGAAUAUUGGGGGUUUCAAAACACAAAAGCGAAAGUCCCUGUGAGUCUCUUUAUCCAAAUGAGAAAGACAAGGAAAAAAUUAAGUCAAAAUCCUCAGGCAAAGAAAAAAGUGAUUCAUUUAAACCUGAAAAGAUAGACAAAAUAUCCAGUGGGAAGAAGGAGUCCGGACAUGACAAGGAAAAGAUAGAGAAGAAAGAGAAAUGGGACAGCUCUGGAGAUAAGGAAGAGAAGAAACAUCAUAAGUCUUCAGACAAGCAUAGAUAAUGAAGACUCAGCCAAAAUGUGGGUAGGCCUCUGAGCUGAAGGUCUCCCAGCUGAGAAUGCCAGAGCUCAGUGUGUCACUCUUUAAACACUAUCUCCCUUAAUUGAGAGCUUCUGGUGCUGUCCAUCUUAUGAGAAUCCUUUAAGUCAGAAGAUGAAUAUGCAUCGUCAUCCUCUUGAGACAUUGCAAAGUCACUGGCUUUCAGAACAUUAUUUUUACCUCUGGGCAGUUCCUUGCAGCAAGAUCCCUGUGCGUACAAUUUUUUCUUGAAACAAUACCACCUAUAGAAACAGCAUCUAUGAAACUUUCACCAGCAGAGUCUUGGAUCACCCUUUGUAGAAAGGGGACUUUUCUUCAAUGGAGGACUUCUGGAAGGUAUUUAAAAGUGACUUUGAAAGAACUCAUUUCCCCUGAAAAUUGUUCAUUUGAUCAGUGAACAAGAUAAAUAAUUUAUUUGUCAUUUGUGUGUUUCUUUAGGGUCUGUUAUGCAUUUACCAAUAUAGAAGAAGUAGUCUAUGGUGAGUUGUUGAAGUUACUGUUCUCCCUUAAAGGAGUGGUUCAGUACCAGCUAUAGAAAACCCUGCAGGUGCAUGUAACAGUUGGGCCUUUCAUUCAUUACUUAGUUAAUCUCCAUAGCAAUGUUACAAGGUAAACAAGGACCAAUACUGUAUAAAUGAUGCACAUCAGAUAGAGGAUGUUUUAUUGUCGCAUAGCUAAGAAAGAGAGAAAGGAUUUUGCAUGUUUGUGCAGUCAUUCUCCUUUAUUCUAGCUUAUUAUUUACUGUAUUUAAUGAUUCAGCAAAUACUGAAUGAGACUGUCCCAGGAUAUGUAAGAUAGAGAAAGACAGAAUGUUCUGUGUUGCUUCAUUCAGUAAGAUGAUGGCAUGCAUCCCCAGCUCCCAAAGCAGUGCCUGGCAGAAUCUUUCAAAGUCUGCUCUUGUAAAUCAGCUAAAUCCUUUCCCUAGUCAGUAAAGAACCUACAUAGUUUACCAGACUCAAUGCAUAUGCAUUGGUUUUUAAAACUUCUUGAGAGCAUGAUAUCUUUAUUCAUAUUUACUAGCUUUUAUCUGUUCUCAAUAACUUGGACUUGAAGCCUGCUUUGCCAGGUAACUAGUUUAGCUGCUUGAGGCACUUAGAAUUCUAGUUUUUCAUCUAAUAGAUUAAUCUAUUGAGAAAGGGAAAGAGACCACAGGAUGUAAUCACAUCCCCAAAUCUCUUCCUGAAUGCUACAUAAAAUGUAUGACCAGGUCUCGAGUACAUUAGUCCUUUGGGGAGACCACUGCUAUCCCAACUGCAGCAUUCCACCUCUGACCCUCAACAUUCUCAUGUCUGUCUCAUAAUGCUAAAUGCAUUAAGAUAGCUCCCAAGUGUGUCUGAAGUCUUGCCACUUCAAAUAUUGUUUUAAUAACAAACAAAAAACCUCAAAGCAAAUACUUACCUCUGUAUGCUGGUUUGAAUAGGGAUGGUCCCCAUAGAUUCAUAUGUUUGAAUGCUUGGCCCAUGAGGAAUGGCACUAUUAGGAUGCCUGGCUUUGUUGGAGGAGGGGCUUUUCUGUAAUGGUGGCCUUUAAGGUCUCCUAUGCUCAGACUCUCUGCCCACUUCAGAGGAGUAUGUCUGACUGCCUUUGAGUCAAGAUGUAGGACUUUUGGCUCCUCCAGCACCAAGUCUGCUUUCACAAUGCCAUGCUUCCCGUCAUGAUCAUAAUGAACUGAACCUCUGAAACCAUAAUCCAGUCCCAAUUAAAUGAUUUCCUUUAUACGAGUUGCCUUGGUCAUGGUGUCUCUUCACAGCAAUGGAAGACCUAACUAAGAAGGAUAUUGGGGACUGGGGUCUUGCUGUGAUAGACCAAACCAUGUUUUUGUUUGGAGGAAUGUGUAUUUUGGGACUUAGGAUUUGGAAAGCAAUGACUUUUAGUGGGACUUAAUGGGCCAUCCUAGUAGGAAUAUGGAAGACGAAGACGUUGGUGCUGAGGGUGAUAUCAACUCUUGUGGUUUCAGAGGAGAAAAAUUUUAGUAUGUUACCUGGAGGUCGUUCUUACAGUGUUUUUGUCAAGAAUGGGGAUGGUUUUUGCCCUUUCCUGGGGAGUCUGCCUGAGGCUAAGGUGAAGAGAUUAGUUAAAUUGAGGAAAGAGGUCUCUAAAAAGCCCAGCAUAGACUGUGUCUUAUGGGUCACUCUUAGAGCAUUUUGAUCAAGUGAAGCAAGAUUAGGAUGAAAAAUGCAGUAUGUUAUUGUUCAAGGAUUAAAGGGGCACCUGGAAGCGGAAUGGAGCUGAAUCCUCCAUUCAAGGAUAUUAAAUGGAAUUCAGGAAGUGGUGACCUCAGGACAAGAUCCCACCCAGCUAUGCAUUAGCAGUUACACAGGGAUAGUUAUAUUAUGUUAGGAUUUGUUACGACCUGUUAUAACUUGUUUUCAUUUGGACAUCGAAAUAUGAUUGUGUGUCAGAUUGACAAGGGUUGGAGUGUUGUAUCUGUUCUCAGUUGUCAACCUGAAUAUGUCCGGAAUGAACUACAGUGUAGAACUUAGAAAGGUCUUGUGACAGGACUUUAAGAAAACUGUAGGUCCAGGUGUGGUGGUAUAGGCCUUUAGUUCCAGCACUCUGGAGACAGAGGCAUGCAGAUCUCUGAGUUCAAGGCCAGGCUACAGAGCAAGUUCUUAGAGAGUAAAGCUUGGGCAGUGAAGGAAACCACUGAUACUAAAUGCAGAGGGUGAUGUAACCCAAGCUGAACUCUGUGCACACCGAGCCUUCGCCUGUUGUCCACACAUGGCUGGAUUUGUUCCUCUCCUCAGAGCUCUAGCCACAUUCUCAGUUUAUUCCAUAUUUGAUUUAUAACACUGUAUCUAUCCCAUUGGCCUGUGUCCUGUCCACAGCACAGCCACGAGCCUGAGCCUGUGAUUCAAAUGGCUUACCCAGUUGGGUGUGGAGGAUAGUGGGACUUAGGAUGGAAAGAUACAGGGACUGCUGAGUCUCCUGCUCUAGCCAUCAAUCGGAUAAGCAAAGACCCCUCAGGAGGGAGGUCCCCACUUGGUCACAAGGUUCAAGGUGCAGAAAAACCCUUCUCUGUUCCACACAGAUCACCCUUCUCAUACAGUGCUUUUGUGAUGCCAGAUUCAAUGUCUGGCACUUGCCAGGCUUUCUUUCUCUUGGUCGCUUGAGACCCUGUGGAAGAAAAUUCGCCUACUCUGUCACCAGUGACAAAAUUGGGUCUUUCUUUUCUACAAAUACAAAGUGCAGCACUUGUGCACCCCACCAGGCUUCUCUGGUUUUGUCCUUUUCUUUUUACACCACCCUCCUGUCCCUGUGCCAUCUGCCUUUGUUUCAGUUUUUCUCCUGGGGUUGCAGGAGUGUGCAGGGCAUCUCUUGUCUUCUCCUUCCCUCUAUAAAGUGUGAGCUACUGAGGAGGUUUUUGUCUGGUAUAAAGCCUGUGCUUCUCUGUUUAGAUUAAUAAUACUAAGUUUAUAUUUGUGCAUGGACAUAUCUGAAGAGGCCUUGUCCACUUUGACUCCCAUGCUUUAAACACCUUGUGCUGGUGUUUGUGAAGGAACUUAUUCUUAGAAUUAUUGAAGAGAAUCUAAAGAAAUUAAGAAUACUCAGGCUGUUUCAGAGUCACCCUCCUGGUAGCUCUUGCUAUCUCUGCCCUGAGGUAUAUCCUUGAAGGCAAAGUCCCCUUUUUAAUGAUCUGUGCUGAUUUUGUGAAGUUAUAUAGAUCAUUUUAUGGAAACUGUGUCAUCCAAAAAUUUAUAUUUUCUAAAUUACACCAGGGUAUACCUUUUUUUUUUUUUUUUGACAGCCAUAUUAUUUGUUACCUACCCACUAGAUAUUCCAUUUUGCUUCAUUGACAGGAAUUUUGUAAAACUCAGUUUUAGGGAAAAAGUACUAAGUCUUAAAAGCUGUUUUCCUAUGUUAGGACAGUGUGGAUAGUUUCUGAUGAUUCGUUUUCUAGUGCCUAAAAAGCAUAAACACACCCUCGAUCAGUGCUGCCUUUGCUGAUACGCUGGCUCAUCUCACAUCGUUGAUAAGAGAGAUUUGUCCAGCUCCUUCUGUGUGCCAGACCCUGUUCAAAGAUGAUCAUAUCUCCUCUCCCGUAUAGAAUACCUCUAGGUAAGUACUAUAUUUCAUAUGGAAACACAAACACUGAGAAAUGAGGUGCCUUUCUUUGUUCCCUAUAACCCUCACUGAGGGCAUUGUGUGCUUUAGUUCCUGACUCACACACCAGGGAAGGCAACCAUGAAAACUUGGAUUUGAUGACACAGGUUCUGUGGACAGACAUCUCUGGUAUGGGUUCCUCAUACUUUUAGGGAGUAACUUAGCAUCACUAAAUCUUAGGACCUUCAUUUCUGAAGGUGAAUAACUCUAUGAGAAUUCAGUAAGCAAUGAAACACCAUGUUACAUAUAUUUACCCCAUGUGAUAAAAUUUAUGUUAAAUACCUUAUUUUACCAGGAAACAAGUGUCUGUGACUAACACAAGUAUCCCGAUGAUUUCAUCUGUUUCUAUUGUUGUUUUUAUCCAUUUGUGCUCUUAAAUUAGUUGAGUCUACACAAGUGAGAUGGUGUAGAGAGUGGAAAAGAGAAUGAGUCACCUCACCACUGGAGAAUAAAUGCAGUGAGGCAAGCUCUUACCUGGUUUAUUCAGGAACCAGGGAUGAUAAAACAGCUGCCCACCUUGCUGGUUUCAGAAAACCAUGUGGCUGGACCAAGAAACCUAGUCAGCUUUGUGUGACUUUUCAUUGUACAGCACCAACAUCAGCCUGUUGUGUGUGGUCAGGUGUGUACUUCAGGCUUAGGGCCCUUCCUAUUCCUAGCUAAUGGUCUAGACAUGUCUUAUUGUGAAUAUGGGCCAGGGGAAAAUGCCUUUCCUGCCACUACACAGAUAAAGGGUAUUAAGGAUCCGGCUGACAGCAGUGUGAGAGGUGAAGCAGCAGGACUGAUAGGAUUGUGAGUAUUUGGCAAAAAAGGAUUCCAAAAGAUUUAGGAUUCCAGAAGAACAUUAUGAUUCAGAGAGGAUUUUAAACCCAGGGUGCUGCAGAUACUGCUCAGUUGAUAGAGUGCUUGCCCAGCAUGCACACAGCAUUGGGCUUGAUCCCAGCACCACUUAAGGGAGCAUGAUGGUCUAUGCUGCCUGCAAUACUGUCAUUUGGAAAGUGAAGGCAGGAGGAUCAGAAGCUCAGGAAUCCUCAGCCCUCAGCUACACAGCACAUUUAAGGCUAGCCCAUUCUAUAUGAGACACUAUCACAAUCAAACAUACUAAACAAAAUACAAAAGAAUUUAAAUAAAGGGGAACUUGGAGAAACAGUUCAGCUUCUAAUAUGCUUCCUGGGUAAGCCUGAUAACCCAAGUUUUAAGCCUCAGAGCCCACAUAAACAGCAGACAUGGUAGCACAGACUUGUAAUCCCAGCACUGGGGAGACAGAGACAGGAGGACCCCUGGGGCUUACUGGCCAGCCACCAUAGCCUAUUUAGCCAGCUCCAGGUCCUACUGAGAGACACGCGCGCGCGAACACACACACACACACACACACACACACACUCUCAAAAGAACUUUAAUCCAGUCUAAGUUCACCCUAGCAUCUGUCUUUAGCUAUUACAGGGUCAUUGGACACCUUUGUUUCUCCACUUUCUCUCUCUGAUUUCCUCCCCUCAGUUUUCCAUUCGUAGUAGACCUCGAUUUAUCCUGUAUUUCUCAGAUAAAGUAAUUGUACAGGUUCUGUUCUUGUCUCUUGGAGCAAUCAGUGGAAAAGAUAGCCUUGCCCACAUUCAAGGAAGAAUGAGAUGGAGAGUAGGCAGUAAACUAUGUAGGACCUUAGAUAAAUGCUACUUCUACAAGAGAACAAAACGUGAAGCAAAGCCAGGAGGAUCACAGUUUACACUGAAUAUUAUGUUACAACACUUGCACGUCACUCAAACGAUUACUCACACAUACAUUAACACACAGUAGAAUAUGGUUGGUAUACUUUGUCAUUCUUUUUCACAUUAAACUCAGCUCUGCUCUAAUAGCCAGUUGGAAGUACUAAGAUGAGUCAAAGCGCAUUGUAAUUACUGUCAAGCCUUCCCUAACGAUACCUGUGAAAAUCAGGUAGCUAACAAUUAAAAGUCAAUAGACUGUCUUGAAUAUAUGUCACUUCCAUACUAAGAUGAACAUCAUCAAGGCAGUUCCAAAGUAACUCGACACUGUUUUCUCAGUUUCUAGGUGUGGUCUACAAACUGAGAGCCAGUGUGCUGUAAAAAGAUGUCUUAAGAUGCAUAGGUAACUGUAUUCUGAGUUUACAUUGAGGCUAUUACAGGUAAUGCUUUCAGUACUGCUCUAUUGAAAGCAUUCCAAAAGUUUAGUAGUAAAGAGUGAAAGACUUAGUAAUGGAGAGGAAUUCACAUUUACCACAGUCCUGACUUGGAGGCCACUGUUAGAGCUUCUUUGGAUUCUGGGAGGCCAGCUUCUGAUGUGGCCACUUGCCACAGUGGAGGCAGUGGUAAGAAAUACCCGGCUAAUAGCUUUAAAAACUCAAACGAUGCAGCUGGGUAUUUUUAUCUCGACAGUGAGAUGGUGCCAUGAAGUGCGUCAUUUCCCUUUCUCAGGGUGGCACGUAGAAAGUGGGAUUUGUCAAGAUAGUCCUGCAGUUACAGCGAGACACAAAAGAUCAGUCAGUAUAACAUGAUAGCACAGACAGUAAGCAGGUACUGAGUCCCUGGGAGUGACAGAGCCCUGGGAGAUGGGGACGUCUAUUCUGGAGGCCACCUGCACGUCUGCUAUGACUUAUGUACUGAGUGACCUAGUCCAUACUUCAUAUAUUUCAAAAGCAAAACAAAAAUAGGAAUGGAAGGGGGCAAAAGGACCGGAAACGUGAAGGUGGCAGAGAGCCUUAGCUGGGGCUGUUGUGAAGGCUGAGGGUAGCAGGGAACUGGGGGAUAUGAGGACGGAGGUCUCCUAAGAUGCAGCUGGUACAAAGUGCCACGCUGAUAGCUAAGACCUCAAAUGCUGUUCAGUCCAGUCACGUGUUUGAGUCCAAGGCUUAGGUUUGCCAUGUCGUCGUAGAACAUAAUCCAGCUCUUAGAAAGGCUUAUCUGUCGAUUAAUUUUCAUAUUUAAAAACUAGGCAGUAAUCAAAGGAUAAAUUAAAUAAAUAAAUGCAUAUGCACACAUACACGCACACACACACAUGUGCACACACUUUAGUUUUUGUGUGUUUUUCAAGACAGGGUUGUCCCCUUACUUGCUCUGUAGACAAGGUUAGCCUCGAACUCAGAGAUCCACCUGCCUGUGCCUCCCAAGGCAUACUUAAAGGCAUACAGAGAUUUAUAUGUGUCUAUAUCUUGGAGGAACUAAUCCUCUGGGGUGGAAGACCCUGGCAAGUGCACUCUUAACUUCAUAGCCCGUGCUCCUCUGUGGAGCUAGUGAUGGUGGCCACCGAUGUACCGUGUAACAGCAGUGGUUUGUUUUGUUGUGGUUUUGGCUGGUUAGUUUGCUUAGCCUUGUAGUGGAAGGACAGAGUAGACAGACUGGCUUCCCUGUUCUGCUUAUGCGUUGCUGUCCUGUGACCAUGAUGGAGAUAGACAGUUGGACUGCCAGGCACGUGGUGUAAGCUGAUCUGCUCCAUCACAGGCUUUGACUUCUUCCUGACAGCCUGCGAAAUUGUCUUCUGUUCCUUUAUUCUUCUUUACGUAGGAAGAUGUACUGAAAAUUUGUAUUCUUAAACUAGUCACAAAGUACACUAUCAGGAGUUUAUGAAAUUGCCUGGAUAUUCUAUCUUCACUAUAGGUGGGAGAACAAUACUAAAAUUUAUACGGUAUCAUAAAAGAUGUUAAUUAUAGUCUCUGAUUCAUUGAUAUGAGUGUUCAGAAGUUCAGUAUUUCAACUUCUGUGAUCACUUUUAUUUUUGUAAGAACCCUUGCUGAGUAUGACAUGCAGUGUUUACAGAUCCUGAGAGGAAGUACGAGCUCGUAUUUGUCUUAACUAAUGAGAUAAAAGUACUAUUCGUGGUAAUGAUUUUCUUCAACUGAUGAUAAGAAUUAAUUAUGAAUGAAAAUGUAUAAAAUUAGGGCAAGAGGAAGCAGCAUAGACUAUUUUGACUGAUAGGAAGCAUGGUAUAGAAUGUCCUGAUGUCCACAGGGUACAGAAAUUGUAUGUUCAUCAAGGAUUUCUGUCUGAGGAGCAAGAAAGCAUAAGCUAGAAUAGAGUCUGAGAAAGCCAUCUUUCGGAUGCUUGUCUCCACUCUAACACAUUCACCUCAUUGUCCCCAUCAACUAAGUCACUUAAUCAACUGUGCAUCGUCCUGUCUCCAGAGAACCAUUGUCUUGCUUCCAGAGAAGCAAGUAAAACCUAAUCUUUAUGACCUUUCACUCUGGUGAUUCAGCCUUUUUCCUAUAUUGUAUUAUACAUUUGAAUCUGUAAGUCUGGAUCGUCACCUGCUUAAUCUUAGCCUAGCUGUUCUGUGUCCAUGCUGUCUAUUGGCCUAAAAAAAUUUUAAGAAAUUAUAAAGACAUCUGCAUUGUCUGCUGUCCUCUGUCUGCUGUCCCCUUCUCUGUCUGCUGUCCCCCUUUUUCCCCCUUGACAAUUAUUCUGCUUUACCCACUUCCCAAAAUCCAUGUGGCCUUGUUGAUAGAUUGUGAAUCAUUUCCCUUUAAAGCCUGUUGAUGCAGAAAAUAAGAGGCUGGCGAGAGUGCGACUCAGUGGGUAGAUGCUCUUUCUGCCAAGCCUCCCAGUUCAGUUCCUGAGAAGUGAUGGCAGAACAGAAAGGACUCCCACAAGCUGCCCCCUUGCUUCGUCCUGUCUACCAUGGCCUAUGGCAUAUCCAUACACGCGGACAAAUAAACACACAAAUCGUAUGUUUUAAAGGAAAUCUGAUCCAUGUGUGAGUGAACACCGAAAUCACGAAAGAGAGCUUGAUGCAUGUGUCCUGCCUUGUAUCAGCAGUAGCCACAAUAAUCAUAAUCAUAAUGGCUUAUACCUUAGAAGCUAGUGUAGAUUGGGGUAUAUAUGUAACUGUCUCCUAUAUAUUUGGUGAAGAAUAUUUGGAGGGAAUAACAGAUGUGUAGAAGUCAGAAAAUAAAGAUUUUUAAAACAAAAGCAGCAAUGAAGAUAAUGCUUAGCAAACAGGACUGGAGAGACGGCUCAUUGAUUACACUCAGACAUACAUGCAGACAAAACACUCACACACAAAAUAAAGUUUAGUGUUAAAAGACCGGAAAUAGGUACAAAUGGAUCUGAAUGAGGUGACCAUGAAAAAAGCAAGCUUUCCCCUUUGAACUUGAGUUUAUUACAGAAUCACCUCCCAUUCCUGUGCGUGGGACCGCAGGCGCAUGUAUGCACAUGCAUGCAUGCGUAUGCACACGCAUGCACAUGCUCCUGUACACAUCCAGCACGUUUCUUCUCCUGACUUCUCAGUGCUUCCCUCCUACUGACUAGCUUCAUGCUGCUGAUGAGGGUCGUGGUCAACUAUAGCAAUCAUGCAUCGGUGGAGAAGAAUAAUCAUAUUAAAAUAAAUUCAUAUUGUUAUAAAGUUUUUUUAUUUUCUACUAAUAGUAGUAACCGUAUAAUAGCAUAUAUACCAAACAUUGAGGAUAGAGGGAUUUUUUUUUUCAGAAUAAAUGAAGUUGUUCCCCAUCUUUCAGCACUUUGCGUACUGGGAGUGCACUUGUACAGUGUGGCUCUGUCACUGCACUUUUCCCCUUCUGGAUUAAGGCACCAUAUUUCAUAUGAUCCACGUAUUAUGUUGAAUCUAACCCUGCUCGUUUGGUUCAGCACAUGCAGUAGGAGGCCAUCUUAGUGUGCUCUCUGGUUGAUCUAGUUGAUGCUAAGAAGCAAGUGAAAAAGGAAAGUUAGAGAAAGAAGAUAGGAAGUCAGGAAGGACAAGUUACACUACCUAAGAUGUAGGGAGCAGUCCUUUCUCUCUGGGAGAGACUGGGGGAAACUCACACAAGCCGGGUUCCAAGAAGCGUUCCUCCCAUGAGGUAGACACUCAGAAAGCACCGUGUGUAAAAGAGGGUAGAUGCUGAUGGUCGAAUAAGGGAACAAGCAUGUAAGUGCCCUCUAUCCCUAUAGUAAACAUGCGUAACAGCGCUUAGCCCUGUCCAUGUCGUAAGGCCUUCAGUGACAGCAAGUACAUUCAUGCAUUGUUCAGUUGUCACCACUGCACUGGCACACUGCUCAUCAUCAUAGCAAAAUCUAAAUGUGUCAUCUAAAAUGAUGCAUGUGACUCUUUGCAGUGUGUCUGUGCCACUGACAUUGUUUGCAGAGACGUCCUCUCCUGGUAUGGCAGAAUUAUACCCGAGUGUUUGUUCAGAGCACGUUGUAUUAUGUAUUGGUAUUGCAGCUCUUCACAGUCACGAGUUUUCACGAGUCCGUGAGCCAGCUCUCAGCCCUGUCAUGAUGUGCCCGAAAACCUGUGUUGCUUUGCCAUUAUGUUCUUCACUGUCUCCUUGGCACAUGCCCAGUUGGCAUUCAGUUGGAAAACUCUCGCAUACCUUCCAGGAGUACAUGUAAGUAUUUUCAAAUCAUAAAGAAAACAAUUAGUGCUCCUACCUUGUCAAUAAUGUUUGUUAUUUGGCUAUCUUGUGUUAAAAAAUAAGAGUAAAUGACCUAUUUCACAAGCCCACCAAAGAAAUUAAGAAAAAUCUGAAUUGCUGAUGCUUAGGAAAGCACUACUCAUGCACCAGGCACGGCGGAGUGAGCUUAUAGCAUCAGUGCUGAGAAGUGGAGACAGGAGGAUAGAAGUUGAAGUCACCUCCAUCCUCUGCGUAGCAGGUUCGGCUCUCAGUAGUGAGAUGCAGUGACACAGCUGUAAAGACACCAGUGCUGCCGAAACGACAACCUCUUCCGAACAUCGAGGGGAGCUGAAAACAGUUAUUUUGAUUAGUUACAUUUAUUUAUUGGAGGAGUAUGUGUGUACACACACAUGUGCACGAACACAGAGGUCAGAAAAAACACAUGCAGGAGUUAUUAGUUCUUUCCUUGUACCAUGUGUGCUCUGGUUCUGCGCUUGAGUUGCGGCCUGGCAGUGAGCAGGCACCUGUGCUCCCUGGGCUCUGUCCUGCGCUGCAGUGUGAGCUUGGCCAAACGCAGUUGCUGAGUGCUUGGCCCUGCUCAUUCCAUUGCAACGAAAGACCAAUAGUUUCCAUUUUUAUUCCUGUUGACUGUUGUGUCCAUGGUUUCAACUUCAAAUAAUUGAAUGAGUUAAAGGAAGUUACACUAUUUUACGAUGGAGUGGUACAGGAAUCUUAGUGUCCUCCAGUGUCUCCACAUGUAUGGGAAACAGCAGUAGGAAUUGCUGGAUGGUCUGUGCUGUUUACAAAGCAAUCAGUGUGUAAGAAAGAUUGUCACAGCUUUGCAUUCAUAGACUUUGGUGAAAGAGGGACAGAAGCCUUAAUUACUGGUAUUAGAUAGAAGUUAGGAAUGAAACUGAUUUCAUUAAGACCCAGCUUUGACAACACCUAGUCUUCUAGGCCUCACUCUGAGUAAAUAUGAGAAUAUUAAAUGUUCAAGUACAAAAUUCUGGCCAUCUUCCAGAAAUCUUUCAUUUUUAAGAGAUUUUUAACUUAAAACCUAAGGAGACCUUGUGAAGAUUUAUGUACUAUUUUAUUAUCUAGAUACUUGAUUCUUAGAUCUGAUAGCCACAUAAGCCACUUAUAUAACAUUUUUGCGUGUUAAUUAUACCAGGCGAGAAUAACGUACAAUGUGGAAACAUUGUUACCCAGAAGGCACUGACUGAGGCAGACAGCAGGAGGUCAGUGAUUUCCUUCUCUUUAGUUUGGCUCCUCUGUACAAUGGUGAGAUCACUCUUAAGAAUUGUUACCUUGUCCCUUAGUGCACAUGGGUUUUGUGUUGUGUUUUUGUUUUGUUUUGUCCUGGGGAGCUGAGCCUUCCUAUGGUAAGGAAAUUAAUCAAGUUUCAGAACUACAUUGUUUUUUCAUUUCUGUGUUCUUUGUUCUGUUGGUAUGCAUACUUCUGUUUACACGGAUGUUGCUGGCCCAGGUUGUCUUAGAGAAGCACGUUUGUUUGGAGUUGGGUGUCUUUCUAGCACAGGCUAUAGCACAGGAGAAAACUGGCCUCUGUCCAUCAGCUUCUCCUUUGCUCCUGCAUGGUGAUGUCGGCUUGGUUUAGACAAUGAGUCAUGAUGCUGUCGCAGUUUCUAGGAGGGACCAAGUCAGUAGUCACAGAGCGUGAGCAGGAUCGAAGCCACAGCAUGAUGGUCAGCAGAUGGAAGCUGCCUCAGGGCGAGUGAAGGUGAGGCUGCUGCAGAGGGCCUGAUUGGAUCUCACACCCACCCUGACUGGUUGACCUCUCAGCGCCCUCACGGCAGCUGGCCUCUGCUUGCAGGGUUUGCCUUGUCAGUGCUUCAGUUACAAUAGGGCUUCCUGUUGUUUGACUCUAUGUGGAAGUUCAUGAUAAUAACUUCUAACUAGUACCUUGAUUAUUCAGAAGAGACAAAGAGCAUGUUAAUAUACAAAAUAUGAAAAUAGCAAGCUGAACAGUGAAAUGAAAGUAAAAAUUAUGAUGAGGCUAAAGAAUACAUUCUGGAAACACAGAUAUGUUUGUGAUUGUAAUUAAUGGGCUAUAAUCCAGCCUACCUGGCCUUAACAAUUUUUAAAUGUUUAUUUUUAUUAUUUUUAAUUGUGUAUGCGUGUCUGUAUCUGGAAGAACAAGCAAGUGCUUUUAACUUCUGAGCCCUGGCCUGAAAAAAAAUGUUAAUAAUCAUGAGUAACCCGAUUGGUAGUGUAAUUAAAUGUCCAUGUGAAUAAGAAAACUUCAUGAGGAGAUAGGAGGUUGCCUUUGGUUUUUAGCUGUCCUUCGAUGACUAACAUUAUUUCAUUGAUUCUUUGUAACCGUGUCGUUGUUAUUGUCUGUGUUUAUUUCACUGACUUCAGCCCUGAGUCUGUUUCUUGCUGCCCACUCUUUGGUGACAUUAUCUUAGUUGUCGUUGGAGCGGUUUCAGAUGUGGUGCUAAGUCACUAACAUGCCGUCUCUCCGACUUUCAGUGCUGUGAACCUACCUCUUCAUUGUGAAUGACCGCCUUCCUUGUGCCCUAGAGACUUGGCAUGUGGGAAACACGGACAGAGGCAUGGAGCAUUCCACUGUCAGCAUGGUGUCCCAGAUCCAGAUGUCGAUCUAAGGCUAAACAGAGAUCAUGGAGCUGCCAAACAGAAGAGACGUGAGUGACGGACAAGUGGUGACCGUGAGAUGCACGGGAACAGAUGGAGCAGCUGGUGCAGUGCUGGGAUGCUGCUGUUGUCCCAGACAGCCAUGCCUCGGUGACGUUAGACUCAGCAGUCAGCCUCGCCCCGCGUCCUUCGCCUCCUUCCAGUCUGCAGUGGGCAUGGAAGUCGCUGGCAGAAAUGUGGGUGCCAGGGUCCACACGUGGUGAUCCACGUGUGCUACUGUGUGGUCCUGAAUGGGUUUGCCAUAACAAUUACAUUAUUUAUGUCUGGUUUAUCAUACGAUGCUGGUCUUUUAUAGCUAAUUAUUAGUCUUCUGCACUUGGUUUUAUUUUCCAUAAACUUUACACAUGGAUGAAAGAAGAUAUUUUUUAAUUUUUCCUCACAUGACAGAUUUAGAAUUUGAAAUAUUGAACUGAGGAAAAAACCAAAAAAAACUAGAAAGUAUGUCGAGAAGUACGCCCAAUUGCUGCCCUGCCUCAGCCUUCAGGUGACAAUGAAGUAGCUUUCUACAGCUUGGAACUGUCUAAGGACUUCUGCGUACACACUUCCAGCCACAAGUCAGUAUGUGUGGAGGAGGAGGAGGCCGUUUCUUUCCUUGCUGAUGCCACUCUGGUUGGUCAUUUCAGGUGCCCUCUACUGGUAAACGUAACCAUGCUGGCAUACCGUAGCAUAGCUAUGUCUCCAUUGUGCUGGAGUCUGUGUGAAUAGUUAAGAUGUUAAUACUACAUGUUUUCCCUACUUUCUCAUAGCUAAUGUCUAUGGAACUAGCUGUAUUACUUAUUUGUUUGUUGGUUUGUUUGUUUGUUUUUUAUUGUUUUAUCUCUGUUAAUUGGCCCCCCAGAUUUCCAGAUAGUGUUCUAACUGCAACAGAAGAACUGUAUAGUUCCUUAACUCACACUAAGUUUGACUUUCAACAGUUUGUUCAGUGUGAAUAUUUUUAUCUCUUUUUCAUGCUUCAACUUACUUGAAACUCAAUUUAACAUUAAUAACCUUUUAGUAGAACCAACUUAUUAAAUGUUACUUUGGUGUGCAGUGAAAUGUUUGAUUAAGCAAAUGUUUAAGAAAGAUACUUUGAGUGUUUUGAAAUUUACUGUGACUCAUAAGGCAAAAAUCAUUUCAUAGUAUUUCAGAGAUAAAGUCUCAACUGUAGAAAUUAUAAUACAAAUAAAGUUUGCUUUGAUUAAAGUUUUUUCUGAAAGUCCAUCUAUUGUCAGAAAGCACCAAGAAGUUGCAUUAAUAGCUGCUGUUUUCAUUGGAAGAAAGAGUUCCACUGAAUUUCCGUGUAGAGUCUAUUCUCAAGAGACUUAUGUUUUCCAAACAUACUGUGUAGUGUGAUCAUUUGCAAUCUAAAUGGAUAAGAAAGAUACAGUUCAGGGCUGCUGGUUCAGGGCUGGUGGUGGUCAUACAGCCACUACAGACACCUGUCUUUAGUGCCCUCUUACAUUCUCAUGUUAACUGUCUAGACUGUCACUCACAUCUCCAGUGAAAACAGGAGCGACGACAGGUCUUUCUGAGUCAGAUGCUGAACGAAGCCUACGCAUUGUUAACAGGUUUUUCAUAGGAUUUUUGUCUCCAUCUUUUCAGUGUGCGGCCAAGGUUCUUUCUUCUAGGUGGUAACAGUUCCAGGUAUAUUCAAUUUAUGUAUUUAUCAUGUAUACACUAUUAUUAUGUGAAAACACGCUUCAAGUGCGGCCAUUGUGCAGUAUCUAUGUGUACUGACCAAGUGCCCCAUAUCAUUACAGUCCCUAGAAAGCAUUUUGGUACAUAUUACAUACUGUGUUUUAAUAUACUUAUAAAGUUAUACAAAAUCCUUUCCUUUUACCCAUGAGUUCCAUCUGUUUGGGUUUUUUGUUUGUUUGUUUUAUUGUUUUUAUUUUUGGUUGUUUUUUUUCUUCUUGAAAAAAACUGUAUCCUUUAUCAAAGGAUAAAGUUUAAUCCGUUUUCUAGUACCUUGCCCUUUGUUAAAAUAAUUGGGAUAUAAAUUGUUGAAAUCGCCACAAUUAAGAGUUUCAGAAAUGUGUGCUACUGGCCACUUGACUUAAUAAAGAUGAGAUAUAUUAACAGAUAGAACAAAAGUCUGUUUCCUCACUAAAAACAAUUGACUAUUUUUUUAAUUAGCAAAUAUUAGUAAUGGCCUAGACUAUUAAUAAUUUCUAUAUGUUGUGGAGAGCACAUAAUGAGACAAUGCUUAUUAUAGCAAGUCAGGUACCAUUCAGGUAAAUUAGGCAUUGUAAUUACAAUAGGACUGUAAUGUAUAGAAACUCAUUCUUCACAUUCCUUAGAGCUGCAACCUGAGACAGUUAAAGGGCCUGUAGUUCAACUGGGAGGUAUAGAUGGUAGUGGGCUGAGGAAGCCUGGCAAGGCAGGUAUACAGAGGGUGUACUGUCAAGCUGGCUAACACUGCAGGCUGCUAGAGCUGUAUUUCCGUUGUGUUACUGUGGAAAACACUAGAACACACGAUUCAGACAUACCCCAUGUGAGGAAGUGGGGUACAGAACUAGUCUGGGGGAGUGGUAGCUAUCUGUACAACUUGUGACCAAGAGCUGUAGUGGACGUGAUGGCACAUGCCUACAGUCCCAGCACCUGAGAGGUAGAGUCAGGAAGACUAGGAGUUUAGGGGUGACCUGGGCUACGUGAGACUGGGUCAAAAAAUAGAGAAGAGCAGUAGCUGAAGAGUGGUGUUCACAGACUAUCAUUACCAUGCCCACAUUGUCCUGUGUAGACCUCACAAUCCAGCCUCUUAGUACAAUCAGAAGGUAUUCUGUGCGCGUGCACUGCAUGACUGUGUAGCCCUCGCAGGCAGAGCCGGGAGAGGCUGGAAGGCACGGUGAGAAGACAGAGCCACUUUACUAUUUACCAUCCAUGUGGUCAGGUCUCAUCUGUAAGUUCAGACGAAUCUGUACCUUGUCUCUCUGGUGUGUAUGGUCCAAAGCACAUUUGAGCUGAACUUUGCAUAGAAGGUACCUUGCAUGGAGGAGGUACCUUGUUUUAUAAAGAGGGAGGUCUGUUCAGUCAGCAAGAUGGAAAAGAUUUCUUGGCAAUUUAAAUUUUCAAAGGCAAAGGGGACAGAUGUUGUCCAGUGAUAAUUAAAAACUUACCUAAGAGGCUUUUUUCUAAGUCUCCGCUUGAACACACAUUUCACAGCUGCAGUUUUGGGCUCCUUUUUCCCUUAUGUUACAUCAUGAACAUGCCACGUGUUAAUGGGCAUAAUAUACAAAGUGCAUAAUGUAAUGUAAAUUGAUAUUGUAUGACUGGUUAUCUUUCAUGUUAAUAUUAAAUUAUGAGUGUAUAAUUUAUGUGAAAUAAAACAUAUCCCUGGUAUUGAA